AUGCCUCAGAAAUCCUUCCGAAGCAUUGGCAUGGCGAUUCAUGUCGCACAGGAUCUGGGGUUGCAUUUACCUGCGACAAUUGAAUCUAUCAAUGACUCACGGGAGCGGGACCUUGCGUGUCGGGUUUGGAAUGGAUGUAUUAUCAUGGACAGGAUUGCUUCCAUGACUUUUGGCUGCGCACCUAAAGUUCCCCAAGCUGUUGCAAAACAAGGGCUGGAUACUUUGGUGCUGCACUCAAUGGAAUUCGGUGGCACUGGCAAUACGACUCUACCCUCGAAGGCCAAGUUUUACAUAUCAUUCUGUCGACUACAUCAUAUCAUAGGAGACGUGUUGGAAACCUUCUAUAACUCUAGUGAUUCCAAAGCCGACCCUGAUUCAAGCAGAGAUCUCACUAGCGUGAAGUUGAGCUCACCAUCAUCCUUCGAAAAAUUCACGAGCCUGUUUAGAAUCGAGUCGGACCUGUGCAAUUGGACCGAAAGUCUUCACUUGUAUUUCCGAAUGUCAUCAGAUCUUGAAGAUCCGACGCCGACAAAGCAGAUCACACGUCAAGCAAACGUUUUGCGCGCCCGAUAUCUUUCUGUCCGGCUCCUCCUUUUUAGGCCGUUCCUAUCACAGGUGCACCGUCCAAAGAUAGACAAUGCUCCUGGUGUCAAUUUGUACUCGGAAGACCAAAUCGUUGGAAGUGUGGUGUUUGAGUGCCAAAUUCAAUGUGUCAAAGCUGCUGAGGUUAUGAUAGAUUUCAUUAUCAGAAAUUUACCAGAGCAGACGCAAGCAGAUAUAUUACCAUCAAACUGGUACACUGUCUCAUAUAUAUACAUGGCGGUAACUAUUCUGCUUGCAGCGCAAAUUUCCCCACAGAUAGUGGAACAUUUUUCUCUUGCUCGCUUGAAGAACCUUUUGCAGAAUGCUUGUGAAAUUCUGAAAGAGUAUGAAAAGAACACUGCAUUGGCUUCGAGAUGCAGCUCCGUUCUCAAGUUGGUCCAAGAAAAUAUUGAUAUGCGCGGCUCUGGAACAGACUACGCUGCCGGAGAAGGUUCGCAAGACGCAAUGAACCAGGACAAUACAAUGAUUCAAGGCGCAGCCAUGGAAGGGCAAGAGUCUCAGAAUAAUCUAGAAAACUUGGCUUGGCUCGAGAAUUAUGCUUUUGAUUGGAACGAUUGGCCUUUGUUUUUUGCACAGCUGGACGAAGAAACCAGUCCAGCCGAAAGAUGGGGAAUGCAAGCAUAG